GUGAAUACGUGGCCACUUUACUUUAUUCACCAUGGACAUAUCGAACGCGUCAGAUGACAGUCUCACUCUUAAAACUGAAGAUAAAACUAAUGUCAGUCAUGAAAAGACAGAAGUAGACCCAGAAGUGGAAUGGGGGUUCCCUUUAGAAGAAAUUUACGAAAUAUGUUUGCAGUUUUACAAAGAUAAAGAAGGCAGCAAAGCAAUUCACCUAUCUUACGAGGAUAAAUUAAAAUUAAUUGCAUAUACUCGUCAAGUCUCGCAUGGGAAAUACGACCCCACAAGUUCACCUAGUAUUGGAUACUUUGAUGUUGUAGGAAACGAUAGAAGGCGAGAAUGGCAAUCUUUAGGCGACUUGUCCAAAUCGGAUGCUAUGCUAGCAUUCUGUAAACAUUUAACAUCAAAGUGCGCAAAAUUAAAACCAUAUAUCGAAGCACAACGUUGGGAGAAAGAAGAAAAGGAACGGAAAAGGAUAGAAGCAGAAAAAGAGAGAAUAAGGAAAGAAGAAGAAGAAAAAGAACGAAUUAGACAAGAAGAAGUUAGAAAAAAAUUGGAAGAAGAAAAAUUAAAACAAGAGCAACAAAGGUUGCAAAUCAAAGAAUCAAUUUACCAGCAAGUCUUACCGCAGGUUCAGGCGUACGCGGCUCAGCAGUACCCCACCAACCCUCAACAGCAACAAGCAUACAUUAAGCAAUUGCAAGAACACUAUUAUCAACAGUACAUGCAGCAGAUGUACCAACAACAACAAGGCAUGCAGCAACCACAGCAAGCAACUCAAAAUUCAAGUGAAAACUUGUCAGAGAGCUUUAGUAACAUGAAGCUACAGAAUGGACCUCCGAAUGGUGAUGUUCCAACCCAAAGCACUAGUAAUAAUGUGGAUGAAACUCCAGUGGCUGAUGCCUCGAUAUGGACACGUCCACAAAUAAAAGAGUUCAAAGAACAAUUAUCUAAAGAUAGUGAGGCAGUGAUCACGGUAGGUAGAGGUGAAACUGUCACGGUGCGCGUACCAACUCACGAUGAGGGCGCAUGUAUAUUUUGGGAAUUUGCGACUGACCAUUACGAUCUUGGGUUUGGAUUGUACUUUGAAUGGACAGAGGCACAAAGUAAUGCGAUAAGUGUACACGUUAGUGAGUCCAGUGAUGAAGAGGAGGAGUUAGAAGAUGAAGAUGGAAAAGCAGAUCUUGAAAGUGGUAGUGGAAAAUCCAAAGGACCACCAACGGAUGAGAUAAUACCUAUCUUUCGUCGGGAUAGCCAUGAGGAAGUGUUCGCCGGCAGCCAUGCUUACCCAGGAAAGGGAAUUUAUCUACUUCGUUUCGACAACUCUUAUUCGCUCUUCAGAUCCAAGAAAUUAUAUUAUAGAGUCUAUUAUUCAAAGUGACUUGAAAAUUACAAUAUGGAAUUGAAUUAAUUUUAUUUUAUGUAUAACUUUUAUUAAGAAAGCUUAAGUUGUCAGAUUUUAAAAUUAGGUUGUUUAAUAGAUCAGUCGGUUUAAAAGGUACAUAAAUGGUCCUACAAACCAAAAAAAAAAAAAAAAAAACAAUUAUCAUAAAUAAUAGUUAAUAUUUGCAGAUAGGAAAAUACUUUUGGUUAAGCAAAAUAAAAUCCUAGAAGUGGGAUUAAAUGGACUUAAAAAAUACUAUACUAGGGUGUACAUAAUAUAUAGUUAACGACAGGGCUGGAAAAACUGUGUGACCACGCGACCGGUGGUCGGAGGCAUUAUGACAGUCCCGGAGGCAUUUCGUAGGAAAAAAAACAAAACAAAACAAACUUUUGGGCUGUAUAGUGAGCAGAUAACAUUUGGUGCUGGAGGCAUUUUUCAUGGUCGGAGGCGCAAACAGCUUAUUUCCAGGCCUGGUUAACGAUAUACUUUCAGCACUCAACUAGUAGACUUAGAAGGUCAUAACAAAUAUUUUCUUUACCAAUAUAUAAUGCAUAAACAAUACAGUUCAUGUAAUUAUAUUCUUUGCUUAGACUGUGAAGUUUGAAAUAAUAGAACAUGACAACCAGUCUAUACAGAGUACUUUGUCAUUAUGUCAUGAUACCACAUUACAUUGUUGUUAUUGAGCAACUUCAGUGCACCCUCCAAUUUAAGAUCACUCUAAUUCUAAGGCCACUCUAAUUCUGAGACCCUCUAAUUCUGAGGCCACUCUAAUUCUGAGAUCCUCUAAUUCUAAGGCCACUCUAAUUCUGAGACCCUCUAAUUCUGAGGCCACUCUAAUUCUGAGACCCUCUAAUUCUAAGGCCAUUCUAAUGCUGAGUCCCUCUAAAUUCUGUGGCCACUCUAAUUCUUAGACCCUCUAAUUCUGAGGCCACUCUAAUUCUGAGACCCUCUAAUUCUAAGGCCACUCUAAUGCUGAGUCCCUCUAAAUUCUGUGGCCACUCUAAUUCUGAGACCCUCUAAUUUUGAUGGGUAAUAGCUAGCUCCGCCCCCCCCCCCCAAAAAAAAGAGGGAAAAAAAAUAAAAUUGUUAUGAAAGCACUGCAUGGCCUCUAUAAAAAUUGUAAUUUGUGUUCUCAUGAUUUUAUUUAAUUCAAUUUGGGGCCGCAGAAUCAAUCUUUAAUUGGAGUGGUCUUAGAUUAGCAGGAUCCUUUUAUUUGAAAACACUAUGUAAAAUGUAGCUUUGCUGAGAAACGACUCAGCUGUAUCUUGUGCUUUGUUGUGUUACUCGGUAACAUAGUGUUGUGACAGGGUGUUGUGAUGUCAGCAAUGCAGUUGUCUGUACAUAGCGUGAUAACCGGCUUUGUCAGAAAUUCAUCAGACUGAUUUCCAACCAGAUUAAAGGUUUAAUUUUGUGUAUGCCAUGUAAAAUAAAAUUAUGAUUAUUUUUUCAGAUUGUAUAAGUUAGGUAUUUUUAAAGCUAUAACCAAUAAUUUUGCUUUUUAUGUAUACUGGCAUCUUUGCUGCCAUAUUGUACUGAAUUGCUAAAUCUUUACUAACCUGUUAUUCAUAGGAAAUUCUAGAGUGCUACUGCUGAUUGUAAUCUACCAUAGUUUCAACACAGUGUUGCUGGGGCCCCAAAUUGGUGAAGACCGUUCCAGUAGAUUCUGGUUCAAUAGGUUUCUUAACAUAUUUUAUUAGUGUCUUGCUGCGCUGGUGAUAGCAUGUGUAUCUAACUUUAGGGAAACUACAAGUCUCCCUCCAAUUAAAGACCACUUUUGGACCUGGGUUUAUAUGGUCUUUGACAGCUUUGGUCUCGAAUUAGAAUAAUAAAGAUAAAAAGACACUUUUUAAUGUGAAGCCACAGAACAUAAUGAAUUUGUAGGAGAGUGGUUAGUUUCCGGGAGGAAUUUUUGCUUGCUCGCUAGCUAGGAGUGUGCGAGAUGGUUCCAAUUUCUAGGAGACUGUUGCAGGAGACUUGUGGCCCCUGCUUUUUCACAAUACCGCUGCGACACUGAUCCCAACUGUGGUGUUCUUCUAUCAUUUUGUUGCUUACAUAGACACUACUUUAGCAUGAUAUGUAGAACGUUUACCUUUUGAUCUCUCGAUUCUGGGUUUCAAUCUUUAAACAAGCUAAAUAGCAUUGUUCUGUGCUGGAAUUUACAAGUAUAUUUCUUGUUGAUUGCAAAGGAAAAAAUUAAUUAAAAUGCACUCUCGUAGUCAGCAGUCUAAUAAAGUGGCCUUGAAAAACUAUGUGAUAUUAUCUCAUUUAUAUUAAUCUUUUUUUUUAUUAAAAUGUUUCUUUU